UAGUUGCAAACAAGACGCGGCUCAGUGGAGAACAAUUGAAAUUAAGGCAAUUUAUAAUCGCCUUUCAUCUGGAUUUUGAAGAAAAUAACAGAAAAAAAUCUAAAACAAUUGGUUACUAACAUAUUAAUAUGUCAUCAUCAUUAUCGUCGUCGUCGCCGUCACCGUCACCGAUUCAUUUGAAAACGUUACAGACAUCGUCACCAUCUGUAAAAUUCAUUGAAAAAUUAACGGAUAAUGAAAAACGUGACUUCCUCAAUUCAUUCGAUUUAGUGUUUUGUGAUUGUGAUGGUGUCAUUUGGCAUAAUUUAUAUGAUAUUAUACCUGGUGCUUCCGACGCAAUUCAAUAUUUACGUGACAAUGGCAAAAAAGUGGUUUUUGUAACAAAUAAUAGCAUUUCGUCGACAAAAGAUCAAUUGAGAAAAUUUUCCACCAGCAAUAUUCCAGUGGAGGAGCAAGAUUUAAUACAUCCAGCGAAAACCAUAAGUGAUUUUUUGAAAGAUCAGGAUUUUAAAGGAUUAAUAUUGUGCUUUGCAUCGUCAGCGUUUAAGCAGCAUUUGCGAGAUAGCGGAUUCGACGUUGUAGAAGAGUGUUUCACUUUUCCCUCUCAACAGAAAGAACGUUUAAUAGAUGGCUCCGUAAUGGAUUUACACAAAGCGAUUUAUAAUAAAGACCCCGUCAAAGCAGUCGUAAUCGAUAUAGACUUUAAUUUAACUGCCUGGAAAUUGAUGAGAGCUCAAGUGCUGCUUAAAAAUCCCGAAUGUUUGUUCAUAGCUGGUGCUGCUGAUCCACGUAUUCCGUUUGGUGGCCAUGAACUUCUGGGACCAGGGGCCUUUAUGUACAUUGUUGAAGAAGCAAAUCAACGAAAGGCUAAAGUCUUCGGUAAACCCGGUGCGGAACUGGGUGAAUUGUUGAAAUCCUCAUUCCAAAUCAAAGAUCCCAAAAGGGUUCUUAUGGUCGGUGACAGCCUGCGUAGUGAUAUACAAUUUGGCAAAGAAUGUGGCUUUCAGACAUUGUUAGUAUUAACUGGUGCAGUUGAGGAGAAACAUUUGGAAUCACAGCAAUUGAACGAAUUGAAUAGCCCAGAUUAUGUGAUUGAAAAAUUGGCCGAUUUAAAAAAUUUAAUUUAGUGACUAUGGAAAUACUCAAAGUUUCAAUUACAAAUAUAUUCAAUUGUUUGAAUGCAUAGAGUUUUAAUAUUAUGAAGAACAGUAUAUUUGUAAUUAAUUAAAAACUGGAUUUGAAUAAAAUUUUAUAGAUAAUAGGCAUUCGAAAUUGUUACAAAUAUUUGGAAA